AAACAGAAGAUAGAGGGAGUCUCGGAGCUCGCCAUCUCCAGCGAUCUCUACAUUGGGAAAAAACAUGGAGUCAGCUCCGGCAGCCCCCGACCCCGCCGCCAGCGAGCCGGGCAGCAGCGGCGCGGACGCGGCCACCGGCUCCAGGGAGACCCCGCUGAACCAGGAAUCCGCCCGCAAGAGCGAGCCGUCCGCCCCGGUGCGCAGACAGAGCUAUUCCAGCACCAGCAGAGGUAUCUCAGUAACCAAGAAGACACAUACAUCUCAAAUUGAAAUUAUUCCAUGCAAGAUCUGUGGAGACAAAUCAUCAGGAAUCCAUUAUGGUGUCAUUACAUGCGAAGGCUGCAAGGGCUUUUUCAGGAGAAGUCAGCAAAGCAAUGCCACCUACUCCUGUCCUCGUCAGAAGAACUGUUUGAUUGAUCGAACCAGUAGAAACCGCUGCCAGCACUGUCGAUUACAGAAAUGCCUUGCCGUGGGGAUGUCUCGAGAUGCUGUAAAAUUUGGCCGCAUGUCGAAGAAGCAAAGAGACAGCUUGUAUGCUGAAGUGCAGAAACACCGGAUGCAGCAGCAGCAGCGGGACCACCAACAGCAGCCUGGAGAGGCUGAGCCGCUGACGCCCACCUACAACAUCUCGGCCAACGGGCUGACGGAACUGCACGAUGACCUCAGCAACUACAUCGACGGGCACACCCCUGAGGGGAGCAAGGCAGACUCUGCCGUCAGCAGCUUCUACCUGGACAUACAGCCUUCCCCAGACCAGUCAGGUCUUGAUAUCAAUGGAAUCAAACCAGAACCAAUAUGUGACUACACACCAGCAUCAGGCUUCUUUCCCUACUGUUCGUUCACCAAUGGAGAGACGUCCCCAACUGUGUCCAUGGCAGAAUUAGAACACCUUGCACAGAAUAUAUCUAAAUCACAUCUGGAAACCUGUCAAUACUUGAGAGAAGAGCUGCAGCAGAUAACGUGGCAGACCUUUCUGCAGGAAGAGAUUGAAAACUACCAAAACAAGCAGCGCGAGGUGAUGUGGCAGUUGUGUGCCAUCAAAAUCACAGAAGCUAUACAGUAUGUGGUGGAGUUUGCCAAACGCAUUGAUGGAUUUAUGGAACUGUGUCAAAAUGAUCAAAUUGUGCUUCUCAAAGCAGGUUCUCUAGAGGUGGUGUUUAUCAGAAUGUGCCGUGCCUUUGACUCUCAGAACAACACCGUGUACUUUGAUGGGAAGUAUGCUAGCCCUGACGUCUUCAAAUCCUUAGGUUGUGAAGACUUUAUUAGCUUUGUGUUUGAAUUUGGAAAGAGUUUAUGUUCUAUGCACCUAACUGAAGAUGAAAUUGCAUUAUUUUCUGCAUUUGUACUGAUGUCAGCAGAUCGCUCGUGGCUGCAGGAAAAAGUAAAAAUUGAAAAACUGCAACAGAAAAUUCAGCUAGCUCUUCAGCAUGUCCUACAGAAGAAUCACCGAGAAGAUGGAAUACUAACAAAGUUAAUAUGCAAGGUGUCUACAUUAAGAGCCUUAUGUGGACGACAUACAGAAAAGCUAAUGGCAUUUAAAGCAAUAUAUCCAGACAUUGUGCGACUUCAUUUUCCUCCAUUAUACAAGGAGUUGUUCACUUCAGAAUUUGAGCCAGCAAUGCAAAUUGAUGGGUAAAUGUAUCACCUAAGCACUUCUAGAAUGUCUGAAGUACAAACAUGAAAACAAAAGACAAAAAAAUUAACUGAGACACUUUAUAUGGCCCUGCACAGACCUGGAGCGCCACACACUGCACAUCUUUUGGUGAUCGGGGUCAGGCAAAGGAGGGGAAACAAUGAAAACAAAUAAAAGUUGAACUUGUUUUUCUCAUGCAUAUGAUUUCCAUUAUGCCUACAGAUAUGGACCCUUUUUCUGUCUCAACUUCUUGAUCGUUGACCUCUGUUUACAACAGAAGGAGGGUACUAAAGUCAGAGGAUUUCCUUUUCUUGUAGCUCACUGCCCACAGACUUUCUGCAGAGUCCCCAGUCUGUCAGUAACAACAGAGUCCAGCAAGAAUCGGUGACUUGUGUGCAUAGCGGAGGUUGCAGCAUUACUUUGCACAACUUGCUCUUUGUUUCAUGAAGGAAGUUUUUAUUUUUUCACCGAUUAUUGCCAGUCAGCAGGAUGGCAUGAAAAGGGUCCAUAGCACUAGCAACAAUAGCAUUAUAAUAUAUUACAGGGUAAAUGGGCAUGAAGACUAUAUAUAGCUAAAAGAGAUAUUGUUUAUAUAUUGUUUUAAUUAAUAUAAAAUGUAGUUACUGGUGUAGCUUUUCCUGUUGAAUUGAUAAGGCACUUUCAUUUUGCACCUUUUUCUUUAAAUUAAAUGCUAGCGUGUUCACUGUCGUGUCGCAUGUGCACCAGAAACACAAGUUUAACUGAGAAGGCUUGGAAGGUACGUUGGGAGGUAUUUAUGCUGCUGUUUACAAAGUUACUCUUAAAAGACUGGCUGGUCAUAUCUAGAAAUCACCGUGAUGGGUAUUUUUGUUUGUUUUUUUUUACACAUGAAUUUGGAAUUAGAAAUGAAAACUCUCCCUAAAUUACACUUUGCUUUUUGAUAAAUUUAAGGAUAAAUGUGUUUAUGCUUCAUACAAAGUUGAAUGAUUGACUGGUGCUGGGGACUAAUACCAUCAUGCACAUUUUUUUAAAAAAAGCCUUUUAAAAUGCCACCUUAUGGAGGUGGGGGAAGGGAAACUUAUUUUACACAAUUUGGUAGUUAUAUGGACUCUGCCGCAACUCGGAAUUCUUAUGUUUUGAGAACAAAUCAGUAAGUAACUAAAGUAUUUAUUGGAACCUAGCUUUUAUUGUAAGAAGGACCCAAAGAUUAUAUCUGGAACAAACGCACACUCCCCAUGUGAGGACAUGAAUCGUUUACUUUGUGAAUGUUUAUGUUCUUGGUAUAAGCCAGGAGCCCAGAGAGUUCAUCUCAGAGUGAACAAAUUCUAGACUAGUUGUCUCUAGAUGCUGUAAUUCUAGAAUAUUGCUCUCCAUAUUUGAUAGAUAGUAGAAAGGAGGGUGAGAGAGGCAUACAAUGUUGAACCAGUUUCUCUUAUUUAAAUAUUAAUUAUUUUAAGCCUUUUAAGUGAAGUUGAGGCUAGCUGCAAACAUUUACUCGUGUAUUUAUCUUUACUAGAAAACUGUGGACUGUAAUUUAUUUUAUUAAAUAUUUAGAAGAUAGUUUGGCUUUUGUGUUCAGGUGAGAAAUAUUGAGUUGUUUUUGUUUAAUUUCGUGUUGUUGUUGUUGUUGUUGUUUAAUUCCCAGUGGGGACGGGGGAAGGAACAGUCUGAUAUACAAGUGUGCAUAUUUUAAAAACAAGUGACCUUUGGGAAUAUAGGCAUUUAGAAGAUGAUUUUAGUCACAGUAGGGGUAAGACUCAAACUACUGGUCUGACAUCAAAGACCAUGUUUGUACAAAAAAGUGAACAUCUUCCAUGGUAUAAAGGUGGGAGUUUCCAAGCAGCUCUUUACACCUGUAAAGGAGUCUCCUCAGCCACUAUGGCUCCUCCAGAAUUGGGGCUCCCCAUGUAAUGCUGGGUCACCAGCACAGGCUUCCUAGAGCACUUCACUCUGUUUUUACCUCCACUGACUUUCUGACUUGUUUCCUGAGGGACUUGGAAAAAGAAAAGGAAUUAUUCACACAGAAGUCUGUAUGAAGCCUAAAUAACAUCCAAAAAAUUUUUUUCAAAAAUAUAGUAAGGGUUUAACCAUAAAUAGAUGAUGAGAGUAAUAUUUACUUAAACCUCUUACAGACAUAUAAAAUUUUAGGUGAGUGUUUAUAUAGAGAGGUUAACUGUCAGUAUAUAGUAUUUAUAUCUGGGCAACAAGGGUUAAGUCAAAUUUUUAAUUUAAGUAAGCAUAGUUCCUUUAAAGAUUAAUAGUAUUUAUACUUUGAAAAGUGUACCAAGCUUAGUUCAGUUAUUUAUUUGUCCAUUUUUUUUUUCUAUUGUUUCUCCUUUGUGGAAAAAUAGUGUGGUUGUUUGUUUUUUGUUUUUUGGGUUUUUUUGUUUUGUUUUGGUUUGGUUUGGUUUGGUUUGGUUUGGUUUUUUGUCACUCAGAUUCACUAAAUUUGGGGGUGGUUUUAUUAAAGUAUAUUAACUUCUUUUUAACCAAAGCUUUCUGAAUAUGACCAGCCUCAGGUGCUAGCGCAUUAAAGAGCAACUAAACCUAAUUCCAGUGUCCAUUUGUGAAAUAAUAAAAGCUAAUUGAACCUCUCUAAGGGUGAGAGAGAACAUAACGUUGAGCUUAAAAGAAAUUCCUUUACCCAGAAAGUAUUUUGAAUUUACCAAAUGCAAAAAAGAAGAAAAAAAAAAAGAUGUUCUAAUCUGAGUAAAAGUCAUGACAUGGUGACAUUGCUUUUACAGUAAACCAAGAUAGAGUAACAUGAUGCUGCUUCUAGGUGUUUCUGAAAGAAAAGCAAGGGGAUGGACUUUAAGAGCAAAAUCCAUUGACAGUGUAGGAACAGAAUAGUAAAGACAGAAACAUGCUUGGUGAAAUGAGGGGACAACUGACCAUUAUUUGGAUCUGAGUUGGGAUCUGAAGUUAAUAAUUCUGUUGAAAAAAAAUGAGUCCAGGAGAGGAUGUAAAAAACUCUGCAUUUUUAUUUUCUUAUUGUAAAAACACCUGUUUGAUGACACAAAAUAUUUGGUGAUAACAGAACAAUUGUUCUUAAUAGUUCUUACAAUUAAAAUUUCCUAAACUUAAAUGUCCAGUAGUCUUUUAAGGAUUGGAACCACAUCAUUGUCAACCCGGCUGCUAUAAUGCUUUUAUACAUUUUUUUCUAACAUAAGGUAAAUAAGGCUUUUGUACAAAGCCUGAAUACCUUCUGUUAUUAUGGUGUCCAAGUGGUUAUAUUACAUUGUGAAAAAACUGGCCUUGGUCACAAUGAAAACAAAAGUGCAGAUGGAAGUGCUUUUUGGACAGUUUGCAAAUUGUGUUAAAGCUAUGGAUUUUUUUAAAGCCUUCAUCAUCCUAAUUCACCCUUCCUAACUUAAGGAAAACAUGACUUAAGACACUGCUUCUAAGUUUGGUUGUUCUUUAUAGUGUAGAUACCCAGAUCUCUGUGAGCAUAUGGGGUGGGCUGAGGGUCAGGUGAGGAAGGAGCGUGUACGUAUGUGUGUUUAUAUGUUUGUGUGUAUGAGAGAGAGAGAGAGAUUUGCGUGUGUAUGAUGUGCAUGCGUCGGACUGCUUCUAGGCUACUAAGUGUCAAUGGAAAUGAAAAUGUAUUCAAAAUACUUAAAUCAAAACUAGAAGAUGGAAAAAAAAAGAUUUAUUCUAUACAAAGCCUUGUCUGGACCACUUUAGAGAGACUUCUAUUUUUUUAACCCUUCUAUAAAUAUUUGAUGGCACUUGAAAUAUUCCUGCAAUAAAAUGUGAUUUGUGUAAAGAAAAAAAAAAAGAUUUUGUAAUG